AGUUCCCAGAAAUCACUACAUUUAACGUGAAAUAAUUUUGAAAAUGUUGUUGUUCAUUUUUAAUUCAUAUAAAUUGUUGAAAUGUGAUAGAAAGUAUUAAAAAGAAAGCGCAAUAUAAAAAUUUGUUUUUGUUGUAGUUCGAUUCAUUUCACAAACAAAAUUAUGCGGUUAUAUCUAGCAAUACUUCGAAGCGUGACCCAUCCCACUAUCCACUUAAUAAUCGUUAAAAACAAGUGCAUAAUAGUUUCACAAUUACUUUAAUACACAUUGUGUAUUUACUAUUUGUUGGUUAUAUUUUACGAGGCAGUUUCUCUUUCUAUUUUUACACAUAAACCUACUUGACGUUAAUAAAUUCACUCAGUUGAACAGAAACUUUGUCAAUACAGAAUCUGUCGGUGGAUAGUCGAAAGUGAAACAGUUCGAAAAGAACAAUGGUGAGCCCGAAAUGUAACAGCGAUAAUUUUUUGUUUCUUUGUUAUUGAAUUGGAAAAUAACUUUGGGUCGGUACAAGGCAAGGUCGUUACUAAUAAUUUAAACAUUUCGUGCGUGUGUUUAUUGUUGAAUUAUUUUUUUUUGUGUGAUGGUGUCACUCUUAAUUUCAAUGAAAACAAAGUAGUGAAUACGAAAUUUUAACACCUGACGCGAGUUAAUCUAGGUACAACAUGGCGAAACCUACCGAUGAAACAGAUCACGGAGAACCCAUUCCGUACGAUCCAGACUUUAAUGGUCCUCUUAGCAAAAGAUCGUGCACGGACGUACUUUGUUUUGCAAUUUUCAUAGUAUUUGUUGCUGCUUGGGCAGGGAUAGGUUUAUACGCAAUUUUAAAUGGAGAUCCGUCAACUUUAUUGGUUCCGAAAGAUUCCUCUGGACGUAGGUGUGGUAAAGACACAGAAGUAUUAGGUAAACCGUACUUAUUCUUCCACGACCUAACUCAAUGUAUUUCACCAACUGUAGCUUUUACAGGGUGUCCAACGCCACAGGUAUGUGUUCGUGCUUGUCCCACGGAAAUUUACGUUGAAGGAAAAAUAACAUAUGACAUAGAAGAAUAUUGCGUCGAUAACGUUUGUCCAAGCUGGAUAUUACCUAGUAAACCAUUUAUAUCUCGAUGCUUAUACAACAUAGCGGACCGUAGGAAAUUACGUAAUAAGGGUAUAUCAGAUAUUCCGGGGGAUGAAAUAUCUCGUAUGAAACAAUUUCUUCGACCCGCGCAUAUGUUGAUGACGUCAGGAACUCACAGCGCAAUCUCAUUGUUUACCGAUAACGAACAUGCGCACGAGGUUGGACAAAAUAUAGUUGAAGAUCUGGCAAAAUGUUGGUGGAAAAUUUUGAUUGGAGUAUUAGUGGCUAUGGGGGGAUGUAUGGUGUACGUAAUGAUACUGAGGUGGCUGGCAUCUCCUAUGGUGUGGCUAUCAAUAUUAGGAGUAAUCGUCGGUCUAGGUGCAGGAUUAUAUUUCUCGAUAGUGGCAUUAAUAGCCGCCCAAAAAUCUUACAACGAUCUUCAAACGAAUAGCUCGAAGUACGAGGAGGAUUUAUAUUAUCAGAAUAAACAAUUAAAAACUAAAAGAGAUUUAUGGUUAACGGGAGUAAUUGUUUUAUCUGUUGUACUACUUAUUAUUUUAUUGAUGCUAAUAUUUUUAAGAAAAAGGAUACUAUUAGCUAUAGCUCUCAUCAAAGAAGGAAGCAAAGCAGUGGGGUCGGUUACGGCGUCGUUAUUUUUUCCAAUAAUACCGUGGGUAUUACAAAUAGCCGUUAUCGGUUACUCCUUGUUGAUUGGAGUAUUUCUCGCUAGUACAGGACAACCUUUAUACAAAACUAGAUAUUACGACGAUACUAAUUGCGCUAAUUUAACCGGUAUAAGUGACGAUACAGUAUGCGAUCCAACAACGUGGAGCACGAAUUAUUCAUCAUUAUGCCCGAACGCUUCUUGCAAAUUUAUAAAAAUGAACAACGAUGCUCUGUACCCUUAUUUACAAGCUUACAACAUUUUCGGUUUCUUCUGGUUGUUAUUCUUCAUAAUAGCUCUGGGACAAAUGGUAUUAGCAGGAGUAUUCGCCCAAUGGUACUGGACGUUCAAUAAACGUCGUUUACCAUUUUUCGCUGUAACUUCGGCGUUUUUAAGGACGUUAAGGUAUCAUAUCGGUACAUUGGCUUUCGGAUCAUUAAUAUUGGCGAUAUGUAGAAUGAUAAGGGUCGCUUUGGAAUAUUUGGAUCACAAAUUGAAGAAAUACGAUAACGCUUUCACCAAAGCCGUUAUGUGUUUGUUGAAAUGCUUCUUUUAUUGUUUGGAAAAGUUCCUGAAAUUUUUAAAUAAGAACGCUUACAUCAUGUGCGCCAUUCACGGUAAAAAUUUCUGCGUUAGUGCCAAAAACGCUUUCAUGUUACUUAUGAGGAAUAUACUUCGCGUCUGGGUACUGGAUAAGGUUACUGAUUUCCUUUUCUUCCUCAGUAAGGUGUUACUGACUUUAGCUGUCGGCGGAGUGUCUUACAUAUUCUUCGCUUCCGAAUUGCUUCCGACAUCAUUUAUCGAUAACUCUGAUUUGAAUUAUAAGAUAGUACCGGUCGUUUUAAUAAUGAUUUGCACUUAUUUGAUAGCGUCGUUGUUCUUCAGCGUCUAUUCUAUGGCGGUGGAUACUUUAUUUUUAUGUUUUUUGGAGGACUGCGAAAGGAAUGACGGAUCUGCCGAAAAGCCUUACUACAUGUCUCGAAAUCUAAUGAAAAUAUUCGGCAAAAAAAACAAAUUGGAUUAAAUUAUGUAUAAACCAAAAAAAAACUACUAAAAUUGCAAAUUUCAAAUAUCUGUGAUAUUAGUAACCGUUAAAGAAAUUUUAUCGCUUAUCAAACAUUUUUAUGUAAUUUAUUUUAUCGAAUAAAUUUUUUUUCGAUAUUUCA